GCCUAAUCCUUUUCUUUCACUCUCUAAAUUUUUUUUUCUUUUAAAAAAAACCAUGCCUACGCCAGAUCAAAAGAUCAGCCGCGCGGAGCAAGGGGUCAUAGACAAUAACCCCAAUAAUCCAAUGCGAGUUUUUAAUAACGAAAAAGUCGAGGUUUAUGAUCAAACAGACCUUUCUUUCGAAAGUAUACCUAAUGACAAAGAAUCCAUUGCCUCAGCACAACCUAUCCGUGGUCUCUCUGCUCGUCAUAUCCAAAUGAUUUCACUCGGUGGCUGUAUUGGUACCGGUUUAUUCUUGAACUCUGGUCAAAAUAUUGCAAUCGCGGGACCUGCUGGUGCAUUAAUUGCGUAUAUCGUCGUCGGUGUUAUGGUGUAUUGUCUCAUGACUUCCCUUGGUGAAAUGGCUACCUAUUUGCCUGUGUCUGGUUCUUUCAACCAUUACGCAUUCAGAUUCAUUGAUCCUGCUUUUGGUUUUGCUAUCGGUUGGAAUUACUGGCUUUCGGCUGUUACUAUCGCUACCGAAAUUUCCGCAUCUGCUACUAUUAUCAAUUGGUGGAAACCAGUACUUCCUGAUCCCGCUUGGUCUACGAUUUUCAUUAUCCUUAUCAUUCUCAUCAAUUUGGUGGGUGUUCAGCUCUUUGGUGAACUGGAAUACUGGUUUGCGCUCUUGAAGAUUUUAAUUGUUCUUGUAUUUAUUAUUAUUGCGUUAUGUGUCACCACAGGUGGUCUUGGUGAACGAGUCAUUGGUUUCGAUUAUUGGAAAAACCCAGGCGCUUUUGCAGGCGCUGGACUUGGUACAUUGGAUGUCUUACUUUCUGCAGGUUUCUCUUUCAUGGGUACAGAAGUUGUAGGCAUCACUGCUGCCGAGGCAAAGAAUCCUACAAAGACAGUUCCCCGUGCUAUCCGUAACACUUUCUGGCGUAUCAUUUUCUUUUAUAUUCUCACCAUCUUCUUAUUGGGCAUGUGUUUGCCUUUCGAUAAUCCUGACUUGGCUAAUCCCGAUGGUGAUCCAGGAACCGCCUCUUUCACACUUGUCUUUACUCUUGCUGGUAUCGAAGCAGGCGCACAUGUCAUUAAUGCUGUCAUCUUAAUUAGUGUCUUGUCCGCUGCCAACUCCUCUCUCUAUACUUGUUCUCGUACCAUGUUGGGUCUUGCAAAGGAUGGUAACGCACCACGCUUUUUGGCUAAAAUGAACCGCUUUGGUUCUCCUUACUGGGCUGUCCUUUGUUCCUCCAUUGUUGGUUUCCUCUGUGUCUUUGCAUCCAUUUACAGUGCUUCUGUUGCAUUUGUUUGGUUCUUGAGUAUCACUGCCGUGAGUGGCUUUAUCGGCUGGUGGGGUAUCGCUGUUGUACAUAUCCGAUUCAGACAGGCCUUUGUGGCACAAGGACGUAGUAUGGAUGACUUGCCUUUCAAGGCCUUUGGUUAUCCUUAUUCUGCCUAUAUCGCCAUUGCUUUGACAACAUUUGUUAUCUUUGGUCAAGGCUAUAAUGCUUUUUACCCAGAAUUCAAUGGUACCAAGUUUGUACAGAAUUACAUUGGUCUUGUACCUGUUACAGUUUGGUACAUCGGAUAUAAAUUAAUUCGUAAAUCCAAGGUGAUUCCCUUGAUGGACGUUGAUUUCGAAACAGGUCGUGUCACUCGUCUUGAUAUCGAGCAAGAUGAUGCAGAAGAUAAGGUGUUACCUUGGUAUCGUAAAGUCCUUGCUUGGAUUGUAUAAAUGGAAAAAAAAGCGUUUCCUUUUAUUUUAUUUUUUUGUAUUGUAUUAUAAUUCCCCCUCUUCCCUUCCCUUUUUCAUCCCGAAAAUAAUAAAAAAUAGUUCGUUUGUCUAUUAUUUAUUCUCCUAUCGACUCUCUCUUUUUCUACACUGUGUCAUCACUGCAAAUACAUGUUAGUUAAUAUCCCUCUCUUAUCAUGUCUUUUUACUUACUAUAAAAAAAAACAGAAAUUACAUAUUAGUUUACAAUUGUAUUCGCUAU